AUGGCUUCAGCAUUUUCGCAGCAACAAUUGUCCAAAUACCUACGGUAUAUGGCCUUACCCGCACAAUAUGCGCCCUACCUCGACGACCCGCAGUCCUUCCCGAAGACCGAGGAGGCCUUAACGCAUCUAUUCCGAUGCCAGGUCACUCGUUUCCCCUACGACAAUCUCACGGUGCACUACUCCGCGACGCACCUGGCGAACAUCGACCCAGCCGCCAUCUAUAACAAGUUCAUGGGCGUCGGAGACGCAGCACCGUCCCACCGCGGAGGCUACUGCCUCGAGUGUAGCAUUUUCUUCCACCACGUGCUGAAAGGGCUAGGGAUUCUCCGCCUACGCAACCGGCGUGCGCAAUCGCAGGCGUACCAAUGGGGUGCCGCAGGGCGUGCGAUACGCCGUCGACGCAGCGUUCGGGGAGACGGGCCAACCAGGCCGCUUCGGCUGGUCUCGGGGUACACGGUUCAGAACAUGGGGAGGCAGGAAGUGCGAUUGAUCUACGGCAAUAUUCCGAAUCAGAGCCGGCCGGAGCAGAAGCUGUGGAUAUAUCAGUACCGUAAUGGGCCGGAGAUGGAGUGGAAUUCAUUCUACAGUUUUGGGGAAGCGGAGUGGUUCCAGGUUGAUUUCGAGGUGAUUAACCGGUAUACCAGCUGGGAGACAUUUGAUUUGAGGAACCAGUGGCUGGUCAAGUUCCUCCGCGGAGGUGAGACGGGCAAUCUACCUGUGGAAGAGGGGGAAGUGGUCGAUGCGGUGGAUGGGGAGAUUGCGAUUGUUGGGAAGCUGAUGUUUGUGAAUGGAGUUGUGAAGUUGAAUCUCGGUGGGAAAACAAGAGUCAUCCAUACGUGCGAGACGGAGGAGGACAAACGGGUGGCGUUUAAGAAGUACUUUCUCAUGGAUAUAGACACACAGCUGAAGUAG